GGAGAUGGCGGCGAUGGGGAAGCAGCAGCGGGAGAAGUUGCUACUCUUCGCCGCCUCCGAAGGCAACCUCCGCCUACUCAAGAAGAUGGCGCGGGGGCUCGAAUCGGGGGGCCAGGCCGAGGCCGCUGUACUUGCGACGGUGACGGAUGGCGAAGGGAACCGCGCGCUGCACCUGGCGGCCGCGGCGGGGAGGGUGGAUGUCUGCAGGUACAUCGUCGAGGACCUCCGCCUCGAUGUCAAUCAACCCAACUUCGAAGGUGAGACACCACUGUUCUAUUCUGCCUUUUAUGGAGGAGCUGCUGCUGCCAGAUAUCUUAUUGAUCAUGGUGCUGAUCCAUUAGCUGGCAAAAUAUGGUUACCUCUCCAUGGCGCUGCAGCAAAAGGAAAUUUUGAAAUAGUAGAACUGCUGCUUUCAAGAGGAAUCAAUGUGGAUUUACAUUCUGUACAAGGGACACCGUUGCAUGCAGCUGCUCUUCAUAAGCAAGAUUGCAUGAUGAAAUUUUUGUUGGAGCACCAUGCCGAUCCUAAUAAGGUUUGCAGUCUUAAUUAUACCCCAUUGAGUUGGGCCAUGUGUACUAAGUCGCUAGAAUGUGUGAAGCUACUCAUUCAGGCAGGUGCUGAUGUGAAUUUCGUUGACUUCAGUGGUAUUACUAACUUGAUUUUGGCUGUGCAAUAUGGCUUACCUGGUACCGUGCAAUGCUUACUAGAUGCUGGUGCUAAUCCCAAUAUUCCAGAUGAAUUUGGUAGAACACCUAUUGAAUUUGCUGCUUCUGAAGGCAGAAGGGACAUGGUUGAAAUGUUAUUCCCUCUAACUUCUCCAAUUCCAACACUGCCCGAAUGGAGUAUCGAUGGAAUCAUUUCUCAUGUGGAAUCCUUUGGUUUGAAACCGAGGGAUAAACGGAAGUGUGAAAAGAGAAGAACUGGACUGAAACAGAAAGCUAAGGAGGCCUUUCAGAGAGAGCAAUAUUUUAUAGCGUCACAGUUCUAUAGUUGUGUAAUGGCAUUUGACCCUAGUCCAGAUGAUCGUGUAACCAUAUUGGCAAAUCUGAGUCUUUGCUCGUUGCGUGGCGGGAACGGAAGUGGUGCUCUCUCCUAUGCUACUAUGUGCAGAAUGGCACGACCUCAUUGGCCAAAAGCCUGUUAUCGACAAGGGGCAGCUUUUAUGUUACAGAAGGACUAUGAGAAAGCAUGUGAGGCUUUUGCAGAUGGCUUGAAGCUUGACCCUAAGAGUGCUGAAAUUGCAAAUGCUUUAAGGGAAGCCCGCGAGGCAGCGAAGAAUGCUUGUUGACCUCAAAAUUAACUAACGUCAGUCGUACCUGGAGAAAUUUUAGGCCUUGUUUUGUUGCUGGCACCAGGAUAAUUCCGCAGCUGCCCUGUUGCCUAGUCUUAAAACUCUCGGCAAGAAUAUAUAUGCAAACGUCUUGUGCGUCUCGAACAUUUCGUGGCACUCAUCAUGUGUAAAUAUGCCUGUGUGAACCCUCUUAACUGUAGUACUCCGUAUCUAGUUCCAGUUUACCCAGUUUAAAUUAAGUGUCAACAAACUUUA